AUGUUUCAAGACAUCAAAGUGUCUAAUUAUAAUAGGACAAUCGAGAUGUAUGCCAUCGUGGAUGAUAGAGAAAAUAAUAAUUUAAUCACAUCUGAUUACAUCCUUAAGCGCAUAAUUAAAAGUUUUAUUCAUAAAUUAAAUGAUGAUGAUAAACAACUGGCUAUAAAAUACUUUUUGCAGUACUUUCCGUAUAAUUCAACUCUUUUUUAAAUCAUCAAAGAAUAAGAUGCGCCAAAAAGUUUAAUAAAAAAGAUUAAUUAUUGUAAUGAUUAUUAUGGUUUAAAACAAAAUCAAAAAGUUUAUGAAUAAAAUGAGAAAUUAUAACUAAUUCUAUUUGAUGAAGAUUAUCAUAAACUAAUUAAACUAUUUGAUGAAAAAGAAUUUUUAGAAAACUACUAGAUUCCUACUUUAUUUCGUUAACACAAGCAUAUCAUUGAAAAAAUUAAAAAUCAUAGUUUCAAGCUUAUUGAUUUAAUAGAAUAAUGUUAUGAUUAGUCAUUUCAAUUAAAUUCAACAAUUUUGAGCCAUUUAGAAUUAUAAAUAAGCAGUAAAGAAUAAAUGGAAUUAUAUCUAUUAUUAGGGGAAAUCUUAUGUGAAUGUUGCAUGUAAUUUGAGUAUCAUAUUGAAUUAUUGUAAUUCCAAUAAUAGAAUUAAAAUAAAGUCAAAACUCUUUCUGAAAUUCCUUAAUUAUUAUUAUCACCUGAUUUGGAGAUGUUAAAAAUUUAAAUGUAAUAGGUAUUUUAAAUACAAUAAUUUUGUCAAAAGAAUAGGUAAAAUUCUAUUAAUAAAAAAAAAAUAAGUGAUAAAUGUGGCUUAAUAAUAAAUCGAAAAUUGUUAGAUAAAAAUGAUUAAAUUUUUAAUUUUGAAGAAAUUGAUAUUCUAAUUUAACAAUAACUUCCAGUCAUUUUUGAACUUUAAGUUAUUUUUUAUUAGAUAUGUUUUUAUUGCAUGGCACAUUUCAAUUAAUAUUAUGAAAAAUAUAUGCUUGCCUCUAAUAAGGUUGAAAGGUAUAAAGAACUUAAUUUAUAUAUAUAAGAAAAAAGCAAAUAUAAUUUGUAGUAAUUUAAUCAAAUGUAAUUUAAAAGUUAUGAAUAAUAUUCAAAUGAAUAAAUAUCAAAUAAUGGUGAAUGGAAAACAUUGAUCAGUUAGUCACUUGAUGAGAUGCUUUAAAGAAUAAUUGAAGAUGAUUUUCAUUACCUCAAUAAAAGGUUGCAUAUUAUACAUUUAAAUGAAUAAAAUGAUUAAAGGGCAAAAAUAUUCAACUUACUUACUGAAAUACCUGUUUAUGUUAAACGAUAAGUAUAAAUGAUUUCGGGAAAUUACAAAGAAUUAAAAAUCAAUUAAAUAAUAUUUUUGUAAAAAUUGUAACAUCUUUAGCAUCCUUAUUGA